AUUGGGUGACGCCUAUAAAUAACUCGACACCCGAUGUGGGAAUCUAUAGUGUAAUCCUCAACUAAAUAGAGCUCAACCAUUGGAGGCUAAUGAAAAUACUAAAUUAAAUUUAUUGUACUAUAUAUUUACAUCCCACUCUCUCUCUAAACGUGUAGUGAGAUAAAAGGAGGAGAAGAGCUUGGAGUUGCAUAGAAGUUGAAAAUUCACAAUUCAGUCAUUCUGUUGUUCUGAGACUACAUAACGAUGUUGGAAAGGAUGGAAGAAUUCAACGGUGACAAAGUCAUUGAAGAAUUUGAAGCCUUAACUGCAGACGCUGAGAGGGUUCAAAAGGAGACUCUCAAGCAGAUUUUGGAAGAAAAUGAAUCAGCGGAGUACUUGCAGAAUUGGGGACUCAAUGGAAGAACUGAUCCGGAGAGUUACAAAACUUGUGUUCCUAUUGUUACUCACAAGGAGCUUGAGCCUUAUAUACUGAGAAUUGCUGAUGGGGAAACCGCACCUAUGCUCACUGGAAAACCCAUCCCUACUAUCUCACUAAGCUCUGGAACUACUGGAGGAAGGCCUAAGUAUGUACCUUUCAACGAUGAAUUGAUGGAUUCAACCAUGCAGAUAUAUAGGACUUCUUUUGCCUUUAGAAACAGAGAAUUUCCUAUUAGGAAUGGAAAGGCUUUGCAGUUUAUAUACAGCAGCAGGCAGUUCAAGACUAAUGGGGGUCUGCUUGCAGGAACAGCUACCACUAAUGUUUUCCGAAACUCACAGUAUAAGAAAACAAUGAGGGCAAUUCAGUCCCAGUGUUGCAGCCCCGAUGAAGUGAUAUUUGGUCCUGAUUUCCGCCAAUCUCUUUACUGCCACUUUCUGUGUGGACUAAUAUUCCGUGAUGAAAUUCAGUUGAUAUCUUCAACAUUUGCACAUAGCAUAGUCCACUCAUUUAGAACCUUAGAAGAGGACUGGGAGGAACUCUGUACUAACAUUCGAGAUGGAGUCCUAAGCAGCUGGAUUACUGCUCCAUCAGUUCGAACUGCCAUGGGGAAGUUGCUUAGGCCAAAUCCUGAAUUGGCCGACUUGAUCUAUGAAAAGUGUUCUAGUUUGAGUAACUGGUAUGGACUAGUACCAGCUCUUUUUCCCAAUGUAAAAUACAUUUAUGGGAUCAUGACAGGGUCAAUGGAGCCUUACUUGAAGAAGCUGAGGCACUAUGCAGGGGAGGUUCCUCUUCUAAGUGCUGAUUAUGGAUCUUCUGAAGGAUGGAUUGGAGCCAAUGUCAACCCAAAAUUACCUCCUGAGUUGGUGACUUAUGUGGUUCUUCCUAACAUUGGAUAUUUUGAGUUCAUCCCUAUAAAUGAUAACAUGGGUACAGAGGCAAGGCCAUUGGGUCUCACUGAGGUCCAGAUUGGUGAAGAGUACGAGAUUCUUGUCACUAAUUAUGCAGGUUUGUAUCGGUAUAGGCUGGGCGAUGUAGUGAAGGUAAUGGGGUUCCAUAACUCAACUCCUGAGCUCAAAUUCAUCUGCCGCAGAAAUCUUUUGCUCACAGUCAACAUCGACAAGAACACUGAGAAAGAUUUGCAGCUAGCUGUGGAAGAAGCUGCCAAGCUGCUAGCUGGCGAGAAAUUAGACUUGGUUGACUUCACUAGUCAUGUUGAUAUGUCCACUAAUCCUGGCCAUUAUGUCAUUUUCUGGGAGCUAAGUGGUGAGGCCAGGCAGGAAGUUCUUGGCGAAUGCUGCAACUGUUUGGACCAAUCUUUCGUGGAUGCAGGCUAUAUUAGCUCGCGCAAGGUCAACACCAUUGGUGCUCUUGAACUUCGUAUUGUUCGAAAGGGAACCUUUCAGAAGUUAAUGGACCAUUACUUAGCAUUAGGCUCUGCUGUUAGCCAGUUUAAGACACCUCGGUAUGUUGGACUAACAAACAAUGCGGUUUUGCAAAUCUUGUGCUCCAAUGUUGUUAACAGCUACUUCAGUACUGCUUAUUAAGUAUAAUAGAUAUGGAAAUUGCAGCUUUCCGGUCCACCAUAUUAAUCCAAUCUAGCUUUAGCCUUGUUGUAGUAUUUCUUUUUUGAUAUAUAUGUCCAUCAAUCUGCUGCAUCUAAAUAAAUUGGUGUCAUUUUCUGCUCAAAUAGUAUAGAAUAAAGAUUCAAGUUUCUCUCUGCU